AGCAACCACUGUUUGUUUUGUCUGGUCAGGGGGAAAGCCAAGGCAACCAAUAUUUGGGGUUUCUUUUAUUUCAUUUGUGGAGAAAUAUUUGAGAAAGGGUGGCGAGGGAAGAUUUCCUGGCGGGACUUCUUCAGCUGUCUAUUAGUAGAAGAACAAGAGGACCUUGGAUGUCAACGCCUAACAGACUCUUGAGACCAGCCACCAGACCACAAAAAGUGACUUUCUCUUUGCGUGGCCUCUGCGUCCCUCCUGAUGGAGGCAGAAAUGGGGAGCAGCACAGAGACUGGAAAGUCCGCCAACAGAGGCACUCGAAUUGCUCUGGCUGUGUUCAUUGGCGGCACCCUGGUGCUCGGUAUGAUCCUCUUUCUAGUGAGUCAAGGUUUCUUAAGUCUCCAAGCUAAACAGGAGUACUGCCUGAAGCCAGAAUGCAUCGAAGCUGCUGCUGCCAUCUUGAGCAAAGUAAAUUUCUCUGUGGACCCCUGUGAUAAUUUCUUCCGGUUUGCUUGUGAUGGCUGGAUAAACAGUAAUCCGAUUCCUGAAGAUAUGCCAAGCUAUGGGGUUUACCCUUGGCUGAGACAUAACGUUGACCUCAAGUUGAAGGCCCUUUUGGAGAAAUCUAUCAGUAGAAGGCGGGACACCGAAGCCAUACAGAAAGCCAAAAUCCUUUAUUCAUCUUGCAUGAAUGAGAAAGCGAUCGAAAAAGCAGAUGCCAAACCAUUGCUACACAUCCUGCGACAUUCCCCUUUCCGCUGGCCUGUGCUCGAAUCUAACAUUGGUCCCGAAGGUAUUUGGUCGGAGAGGAAGUUCAGUCUCUUGCAUACCCUUGCAACGUUUCGUGGUCAAUACAGCAAUUCUGUGUUCAUCCGGUUGUAUGUGUCCCCUGAUGACAAGGUGUCCAAUGAGCACAUUUUGAAGCUGGACCAAGCAACUCUCUCCCUAGCCGUGAGGGAAGACUACUUGGAUAAUACCACAGAAGCCAAGUCUUAUCGGGAUGCCCUUUACAAGUUCAUGGUGGACACGGCUGUGCUUUUGGGAGCUAAUAGCUCCCGAGCGGAGCAUGACAUGAAGUCAGUGCUUAGACUGGAAAUUAAGAUAGCCGAGAUAAUGAUUCCACAUGAAAACCGAACCAGCGAGGCCAUGUACAACAAAAUGAACAUUUCCCAGCUGAGUGCUAUGAUUCCCCAGUUUGACUGGCUGGGCUACAUCAAGAAGGUCAUCGAUGUGAAACUCUACCCCGGCCUAAAAGACAUUAGCCCCUCAGAGAACGUGGUCGUCCGUGUCCCGCAGUACUUUAAGGAUUUGUUUAGGAUAUUGGGCUCUGAGAGGAAGAAGACCAUUGCCAACUAUUUGGUGUGGAGGAUGGUUUAUUCCAGAAUUCCAAACCUUAGCAGGCGCUUUCAGUAUAGGUGGCUUGAAUUCUCACGGGUAAUUCAGGGAACCACAACUCUAUUGCCUCAAUGGGACAAAUGUGUAAACUUUAUCGAAAGUGCCCUCCCUUAUGUUGUUGGGAAAAUGUUUGUGGAUGUGCACUUCCAGGAAGACAAAAAGGAGAUGAUGGAGGAAUUGAUUGAGGGUAUUCGCUGGGCCUUUAUUGACAUGCUGGAGACAGAAAAUGAGUGGAUGGAUGCAGGGACAAAAAGGAAGGCCAAGGAAAAGGCAAGAGCUGUUUUGGCGAAAGUUGGCUAUCCUGAGUUUAUAAUGAAUGACACUUAUGUUAAUGAAGACCUGAAGGCAAUCAAGUUUUCAGAAUCCGACUACUUUGGCAAUGUCCUGCAAACCCGCAAGUACUUAGCACAGUCUGAUUUCUUCUGGCUGCGAAAAGCGGUUCCAAAAACAGAGUGGUUCACAAAUCCAACAACCGUCAACGCCUUCUACAGUGCGUCCACCAACCAGAUCCGGUUUCCAGCGGGAGAGCUCCAGAAGCCUUUUUUUUGGGGAACAGAAUAUCCUCGAUCUCUGAGUUACGGAGCUAUAGGAGUAAUUGUUGGACAUGAGUUUACACAUGGAUUUGAUAAUAAUGGUAGAAAAUAUGAUAAAAAUGGAAACCUGGAUCCUUGGUGGUCUACUGACUCAGAAGAAAAGUUUAAAGAAAAAACAAAGUGCAUGGUUAACCAAUAUAGCAACUACUAUUGGAAGAAAGCUGGCUUAAAUGUGAAGGGGAAGAGGACCCUGGGAGAAAAUAUUGCUGAUAAUGGAGGUCUGCGGGAAGCUUUUAGGGCUUACAGGCAGUGGAUAAACGACCAGAGGCAGGGAGUCGAAGAGCCUCUGCUCCCAGGCAUCGUCUUCACCAACAACCAGCUCUUCUUCCUGAGUUACGCGCACGUGAGGUGUAAUUCCUACAGACCAGAAGCUGCCCGAGAACAAAUCCAAAUUGGUGCUCACAGCCCCCCUCAGUUUAGGGUCAAUGGUGCAGUUAGCAACUUCGAAGAAUUCCAGAAAGCCUUUAACUGUCCAUCGAAUUCCACGAUGAACAGAGGCCCGGACUCCUGCCGACUCUGGUAGCUGGACCGCUGGUUUCUGCCAUCCCAAGAGCCACGCAGUACCAGUAGAGGCCACACGGAGCGCUCGUCACCACUGCUGUCAGCCUGUAUUCCCCGCCCCACCCCGCUGAACUCCAGUUUUUAGUGCAUCUUCCGUAUUUGGGUGUUGGUUGGAUCGAAAGAGUAUAUUCAAAUUGUAGGGCUCGGAAUCUAAGAAGGGAUCUCAGUAUGUUUCUUGACAAAACCAGACUAACAGAAAUAAAUCUCUAGGCUACUUUUGUUAAAACAUUAUCUGCUGAAUUGUUGCUCUUGCCCAUUUUUAGUGUGAAAACAGCUAGGUGGUAUACACCGUCUUAAGCCACAGCUUCGCAGGGACCUAAGCAUAAUUUAUCCAGAAAAAAAUUCAGUCUAUUGAAUGUGUAACCCUCAAUGAUGAAGACAUGUUCCUGGAACACCUGGUAGUUCUUGUUGCUCUACGGAAUGUGCUGCUGCUAGGUUUUACGUAUCGCCAUCCACCACGUUUAUUAACUCAAUGGUGGUUAAGUUAGAAAUGUGUUGGAGCUUCGUUUUACAAUUUUUGCUGAUAUUUUUGCCUUCAGUUCAGAAGUUUGUUGGGAUGAAAAUGCAUCUUGCAGCUUCGGUCUGACGUAGCUGAUGGCCCUGUUUAAGUCAGCAUGAGCAAAGCUGGCCGAGAGGCUACUUGAAAAAGGGUUUCAGUUCUUCAAAUAGAAAAAAGAAAAAAGGAUGUGUCUUUAAGGCCCAGAAGAAGUCAAAACUCCUCAUCACGCAACAGUAGAGACACGAGGAGAUGAAAUCUCCACCAUUUGAUCUCUUUUGCCCAAGCCUCAAUGAUUAUGUCUCUCUGACAGACACUUUUCCUUUGUCCAAUUCUUACUUGUCUCGUUACCCUCAUGUAUGUGCAUUUUUCUGUUUCUGAAAUGAGAAGACAUUGAGAAAAUGAUUUUCUGAUUCUCUGUUAGGAACUAACGGCUUUUAUUCCCCCUUUAGCUUAAAGGCACAGAUACUACAUUGAAGUGGGUGCGAAGUAACCUUGUGUUUUGGCUUGGUUAAUGUUACUGCUCUUUGAAAAAAAGCUUUUUGAAAAAUUUGUUGAAGACAUUUUAGAAUUUAUUGAUUAAAUUUAGAAUUCCCUGCAUAGUCCAAAGAAACAUAAUUUUCACCGUCUAAGCCUUCUAAAGAGUCUGUUAGAAAGAGCAGGACUAAGUUUUUGAUCCUCAGGACUUGAUGCUUUCAUGUGAACUUGUCCAUCUCUUAUUAGUGUGUAUCUGUAGGAUAAAAUUGUGAUGGCCUUAAUCUGGCAUUUCAAGUUUUUAAAAAUAACUUUCCUCCCGGUGCAUUAUUCAUUGUAUAUGCAGUUUUGGCCGAUAGGAAAAUCUCAAAAGCAAAAGGACAAGUUCAGACUAACUGUGGGGCCAUUUUGCACCCCUGUGAUUUGUUGUCCUUUUUUAUUUUUUAAAUGUUAAGUUCGUGCCAUGUCUUUUUGUCACUGUGGGAACUUCUGAAGGGGGAAAAUUGCAGGGGCAGCAUCACGAGGAAAACAGUUACACUGCUUUAGGGGAGAGUGAUUUUCCCCUUGACCUCCUCCUCUCUGAAUGAAUCAACUUUUGAAGUGCAGCUAGUUUUUCUUCCUUUUAACCAAGGCUUAAUGUAACCUUUGUUCAUAUUCUUAAAAGCAAGGGCAGUUAGGGUGGGUCUGCUGGGAGUGGACAAGUGUUUUCUCUGGAGGAAUCAUUCUGAUUUGUUUCUAGUACAAGAUGCUCCUUGUUUUACGCCAGUACUUGGACAUUUAAAAUCAGUUGUGGUUUCUUGUGCUUUUAUGAAUAGCACUUUCCUUCUAGAUUUCUCUUUUUAGACUCCAAAUAAACACAUUCCUGCAGGUCAGAGAAAGUGUUUGAUUUCUGAAAGCACAGGCUGAGGAUUGUAGAAAUGCGCAUCAGUCACUUGCUGGUUGAGGACAGCUGGUUGGUGAUCAGCUGGGGUCCUACACUUUCUAAAUGAUGUGGCUGCCUUGUCCUGAUUAACUUGACUUGACAUAAGUCCACUAUCCAGAAAGUUGCGGAUACGACGGCCGUUAUUAAAACAAAAUAAACCCAAAGCAGCGAUACCAAAUCCUCAGUACUAGCUAGAACAAUAAUUGCGGUAGGAUUGGAUUUCCAAAUACAUGCUCAUGUUUACAUUUUCAGACGACACUCUCGUUGUUCCUUUUCUUUAAUACAGAUCGCUACAGGAAGCAGACUUUGAGUAAGUGGUAGAGGGAAGAAGGUAAAACACGAGUGGAAGGAAAGGUAAAAAAGUAGGGAGAAGAAUAUGUUGCUGACAAGAAGACAGGAUUUGGGCAAUCCUUGCUAAGCUCAUCCACUGGAGUACAGCCAUAAAGUUUUACAAAAAUAAUCGUAAGUCAAAAGGAAAUUAGAUAUUGGAUCACAGACUAGAACUGCCGUCACAUACUUUUCUGAUUCAUAUACCAGAUGUUCUGCCAAUGGACUAUUGUCUGCGUGUUGGAAGGAGUUAGGUUUUUUUUUUUUUUUUUGAAAAUUCUCCCAGAUUAGUCAAGGAUUUUAUGUAUAUAAAGUGGUAUUAUUUGAGCUUAUCUUCACUGCCCAAAGUUUGUUCAGCUUUUCACCAGCCACACAGCACUGGCCUCCUAUUUCCAUUUUUGCCUUUUAUGAGAUGGACUUGGACAUGACAGAUGCAAGCUCAGGAUUCGUAAAUUAUCCUGAAGUUUAUUCAGUGCCUUUCCUCAAUGGAGCUUAAAGCAUAGCACAUAAAUUUUAUCUUUUUUAGCCCUGGAGCAUCACUAAAAAGCAACAAGGAAUGAUGGCUUGCCACACAGGUUAUGCUCAUGCCAGAGAAGUGGAGAGAGGUUUGAAAUUGCUUUGUUGAGUAUCCCAGAAUCAGGAAAGGCAGAGUCUUUGUUCUGUGGGCUACUGACCUCUGCAUUAACCUUCAUCCCUAGAUCACCCCAUUUCUAGAUACAUUUAUUCUCUUAGUAUUUCCAUAAUCACUUAGCAUUUGAUAGGCUUCUUCCUUGAGAUUUUUAAUGUAAUGUCUCAGUGGCAUAUUAAGGUAAGGAAGAAUAUGCUUGCUACAUGCAGCUACACUCUCGUUACUGGUGGCUGUACCCCCACUGGUCUGAAGAAAGGUGUACCUGCAUGAUGCAUUUUAUAUCUAAAUGGUCAUUGUAUUUUCUUCUCUUGUAGAACAAUGUGAACAGUCAUUUUAAGGACAAUAAAAAGUUGAAGAUUUUC